UGACCACACAAGGACCUUCAUAAGAUCACCAUCAGCUUUUCUUUUGGACGGAGAGAAGAAGUAAAGGGUCACCAUGGGGGACGCGGAAAUGGAGUGUUUCGGCGCGGCGGCCGUUUACCUCCGGAAGACAGAAAAGGAGCGGAUUGCAGCCCAGACUGCUCCCUUUGAUGCUAAAACAGCUUUUUUUGUAUCGGAACCGAAGGAGAUGUACCUCAAAGGGAAACUGACCAAGAGAGAGGGCGGCAAAGCCACCGUGGACACUUUAUGUGGAAAGACUAUCACAGUGAAAGAAGAUGAAAUCUUCCCUAUGAACCCUCCAAAGUAUGACAAGAUUGAGGACAUGGCCAUGAUGACCCACCUCAAUGAGCCAACUGUGCUGUAUAACCUCAAAGAGCGUUACGCAGCAUGGAUGAUCUACACCUACUCAGGGUUGUUCUGCGUCACCGUCAAUCCCUACAAGUGGCUGCCGGUGUAUGAUCAAUCGGUUGUUAACGCAUACAGGGGGAAGAAGAGGAUUGAGGCUCCACCCCAUAUCUUCUCCAUCUCUGAUAACGCCUAUCAGUUCAUGCUCCAAGACAGAGAAAACCAGUCAAUCUUGAUUACCGGAGAAUCUGGUGCAGGAAAGACUGUCAACACCAAGCGUGUCAUCCAGUACUUUGCGACAAUCGCAGUGGCUACUGGGAAGAAAGCUGAGCCAGUUACCUCUGGAAAAAUUAAGGGGUCACUGGAAGAUCAAAUCAUUGCAGCCAACCCACUGCUGGAAGCUUAUGGUAAUGCCAAGACUGUGAGGAAUGACAAUUCUUCACGUUUUGGAAAAUUUAUCAGGAUUCACUUUGGGUCCACUGGAAAGCUGGCCUCAGCUGAUAUUGAAACAUAUCUGCUGGAGAAGUCUCGCGUGACAUACCAGCUGUCUGCUGAGAGGAGCUACCACAUCUUCUAUCAGCUCCAAACAGGCCACAAACCUGAGCUAAUAGAGGCUCUUCUGAUCACCACAAAUCCUUAUGAUUAUCCCAUGAUCAGCCACGGGGAAAUCUCUGUCAAGAGUAUCGAUGACGUUGAAGAAUUCAUCGCUACUGAUACCGCUAUCGACAUCCUGGGUUUCACUGCAGAGGAGAAGAUCAGCAUGUACAAGUUGACUGGAGCAGUGAUGCAUCAUGGGAACAUGAAGUUCAAGCAGAAGCAGAGAGAGGAGCAGGCUGAGCCUGAUGGCAAUGAAGUUGCGGAUAAAAUCGCUUACCUGAUGGGCCUGAACUCAGCCGACCUCCUGAAGGCCCUGUGCUACCCAAGAGUGAAAGUCGGAAACGAGUUUGUCACUAAGGGUCAGACUGUCCCACAGGUCAACAACGCUGUCUCGGCUCUCUGCAAGUCUGUCUAUGAGAAAAUGUUCUUGUGGAUGGUCGUCAGAAUCAAUGAGAUGCUGGAUACCAGACAAGCCAGAAGCUUCUUUAUCGGUGUCCUGGACAUUGCUGGCUUUGAAAUUUUUGAUUAUAACAGCUUGGAGCAGCUGUGCAUCAACUUCACCAAUGAAAAACUGCAACAGUUCUUCAACCAUCACAUGUUCGUCCUCGAGCAAGAAGAGUACAAGAAGGAGGGGAUUGACUGGGAGUUCAUUGACUUUGGCAUGGACUUGGCUGCCUGCAUUGAGCUUAUUGAGAAGCCAAUGGGCAUCUUCUCCAUCCUUGAAGAGGAGUGUAUGUUCCCUAAGGCAACAGACACAACCUUCAAGAGUAAACUGUAUGACCAGCAUCUGGGGAAAAGUGCCCCCUUCCAGAAACCCAAACCUGCCAAAGGCAAAGCUGAAGCUCACUUCUCACUGGUCCACUAUGCUGGUACCGUCGACUACAACAUCACUGGCUGGCUGGACAAGAACAAGGACCCGCUGAACGACUCUGUGGUGCAACUUUACCAGAAGUCUUCAGUCAAACUGUUGGCUUUCCUUUAUGCAGCUCACGCCUCUGCUGAAGCUGAGAGUGGUGGAAAAAAAGCCGGCAAGAAGAAGGGUGGCUCCUUCCAGACAGUGUCCGCAUUGUUUAGGGAGAAUUUGGGUAAGCUGAUGACCAAUUUGAGGAGCACACAUCCGCAUUUUGUGCGCUGCUUGAUUCCCAACGAAUCAAAGACUCCAGGACUCAUGGAGAACUUCCUGGUCAUCCACCAGCUGAGGUGUAACGGUGUGCUGGAGGGCAUCAGGAUCUGCAGGAAAGGUUUCCCCAGCAGAAUCCAAUACGGUGACUUCAAACAGAGGUACAAAGUACUGAAUGCCAGUGUCAUUCCUGAGGGCCAGUUCAUUGACAACAAGAAAGCCUCAGAGAAACUUUUGGGGUCCAUUGAUGUCGACCACACUCAGUACAAGUUUGGCCACACUAAGGUAUUCUUCAAGGCUGGACUACUGGGUACACUUGAAGAGAUGAGAGAUGAGAAACUUGCUGAGCUGGUCACAAUGACACAGGCUAUGUGCAGAGGUUACCUCAUGAGGACCGAGUUUGUCAAGAUGAUGGAAAGACGAGAUGCUAUUUUCACCAUCCAGUACAACAUCCGUGCAUUCAUGAAUGUGAAAACUUGGCCAUGGAUGAAGCUGUACUUCAAGAUUAAACCUCUGCUGAAGAGUGCAGAGACUGAGAAAGAGAUGGCAAGCAUGAAAGAGGACUUUGAGAAGACCAAAACGGACCUAACAAAGGCUCUGGCCAAGAAGAAAGAGCUGGAGGAGAAGAUGGUUUCUCUGCUGCAGGAGAAGAAUGACUUGCAGCUGCAAGUGCAGUCUGAAGGUGAAAACCUCACUGAUGCAGAGGAGAGGUGUGAGGGUCUCAUUAAAGCAAAAAUCCAGCUCGAGGCUAAGCUCAAAGAGACAACUGAGAGACUGGAGGACGAGGAGGAAAUAAAUGCAGAGCUGACUGCGAAGAAGAGGAAGCUGGAAGACGAGUGCUCUGAGUUAAAGAAGGACAUCGAUGACUUGGAGCUAACUUUGGCUAAAGUGGAAAAAGAGAAACAUGCCACUGAGAACAAGGUCAAAAACCUUACAGAGGAAAUGGCUUCCCAAGAUGAGACCAUUGCUAAACUGACCAAAGAAAAGAAAGCCCUCCAAGAGGCCCAUCAGCAGACUCUCGAUGAUCUGCAAGCAGAGGAAGACAAAGUCAACUCUCUGACGAAGGCCAAAGUCAAGUUGGAGCAGCAAGUGGAUGAUCUUGAAGGUUCACUGGAGCAAGAAAAGAAGCUUCGCAUGGAUCUUGAGCGUGCUAAAAGAAAGCUUGAAGGAGAUCUGAAACUGGCCCAGGAAUCCAUAAUGGACCUGGAGAAUGACAAGCAGCAGUCUGAGGAGAAAAUAAAGAAGAAGGACUUUGAGACUAGUCAACUCCUGAGCAGGAUUGAGGACGAGCAGUCUCUUGGGAUCCAGUUACAGAAAAAGAUAAAGGAACUCCAGGCUCGUAUUGAGGAGCUCGAGGAGGAGAUUGAGGCUGAGCGAGCAGCUCGGGCCAAGGUGGAGAAGCAGAGGUCUGAUCUCUCCAGGGAACUUGAGGAGAUCAGCGAGAGGCUUGAAGAAGCUGGCGGAGCGACUGCAGCUCAGAUCGAGAUGAACAAGAAGCGAGAGGCCGAGUUUCAGAAGCUGCGUCGUGACCUGGAAGAGUCCACCUUGCAGCAUGAGGCCACCGCUGCGGCGCUCCGCAAGAAGCAGGCGGACAGUGUGGCAGAGCUGGGAGAGCAGAUCGACAACCUCCAGAGAGUCAAGCAGAAGCUGGAGAAAGAGAAGAGUGAAUAUAGGAUGGAGAUUGAUGACCUCAGCAGCAAUAUGGAGACGGUUGCCAAGGCAAAGGGAAACUUGGAAAAAAUGUGCAGGACAUUAGAAGACCAGCUGAGUGAGAUCAAAUCCAAGAAUGAUGAGAAUGUCCGUCAACUAAAUGAUAUUAGCGCCCAAAGGGCACGACUCCAGACUGAAAAUGGUGAAAUUGCUCGUCAGCUGGAGGAAAAAGAAGCUCUUGUGUCUCAGCUGACCAGAGGCAAACAAGCUUACACUCAGCAGAUCGAGGAGCUGAAGAGGCACAUAGAGGAAGAAGUGAAGGCCAAGAACGCCCUGGCUCACGCCGUCCAGUCAGCUCGCCAUGACUGUGAUCUGCUCAGAGAGCAGUAUGAGGAGGAGCAGGAGGCCAAAGCUGAGCUGCAGCGCUCCAUGUCCAAGGCUAACAGUGAGGUGGCUCAGUGGAGAGCUAAAUAUGAGACUGAUGCCAUUCAGCGCACUGAGGAGCUGGAGGAGGCUAAGAAAAAGCUCGCCCAGCGCCUGCAGGACGCAGAGGAAUCCAUCGAGGCUGUCAAUGCCAAAUGCGCCUCUCUGGAAAAGACCAAACAGAGACUUCAGGGUGAGGUGGAGGACCUGAUGAUUGACGUGGAGAGAGCUAAUGCUCUGGCUGCUAACCUUGACAAGAAGCAGAGGAACUUUGACAAGGUUCUUGCCGAGUGGAAACAGAAAUACGAGGAAAGCCAGGCAGAGCUGGAGGGAGCUCAGAAGGAGGCCCGUUCCCUGAGCACCGAACUGUUCAAAAUGAAGAACUCUUAUGAAGAAGCUCUGGACCACCUGGAGACCCUGAAGAGGGAGAACAAGAACCUGCAACAGGAGAUUUCAGACCUGAGCGAGCAGCUCGGCGAGACUGGUAAAACGAUUCAUGAGCUUGAAAAGGGAAAGAAGAUAGUGGAAAGUGAGAAAUCUGAAAUUCAGACAGCGUUGGAGGAGGCAGAGGCAACUCUGGAGCACGAAGAAUCCAAGAUUCUCCGUGUGCAACUUGAACUCACCCAAGUCAAGAGUGAAAUCGACAGGAAACUCGCAGAAAAAGACGAGGAGAUGGAACAGAUCAAGAGGAACAGCCAGAGGGUGAUUGAGUCCAUGCAGACCUCUCUGGAUGCUGAGGUCCGGAGCAGGAACGAUGCUCUGAGAAUCAAGAAGAAGAUGGAGGGAGACCUCAACGAGAUGGAGAUCCAGCUCAGCCACGCCAACCGCCAGGCUGCUGAAGCCCAGAAACAGCUGAGAAACGUGCAGGGGCAGCUUAAGGAUGCCCAGCUUCAUCUUGAUGAAGCUAUUAGAGGCCAGGAUGACAUGAAGGAGCAGGUUGCAAUGGUGGAGCGCAGGAACAACCUCAUGAUUGCUGAGAUUGAAGAGCUGAGAGCUGCUCUGGAGCAGACGGACAGAAGCCGCAAAGUGGCUGAACAGGAGCUGGUAGAUGCCAGCGAGCGAGUGGGACUGCUGCACUCUCAGAACACUAGUCUCAUCAACACCAAAAAGAAGCUGGAAGCUGACUUUGUCCAGGUUCAAGGCGAGGUGGAAGAUUCUGUCCAGGAAGCGAGAAAUGCUGAAGACAAAGCAAAGAAGGCCAUCACUGAUGCUGCCAUGAUGGCAGAGGAGCUGAAGAAGGAGCAAGACACCAGUGCUCAUCUGGAAAGGAUGAAAAAGAACCUGGAGGUGACAGUGAAGGACCUGCAGCACCGCCUUGAUGAAGCUGAAAAUCUGGCCAUGAAGGGCGGCAAGAAGCAGCUCCAGAAACUGGAGUCUCGGGUGCGUGAGCUGGAGGGGGAAGUUGAAUCUGAACAGCGACGAGGAGCCGAGGCCGUCAAGGGUGUUCGCAAGUAUGAGAGAAGAGUCAAGGAGCUCACCUAUCAGACCGAAGAGGACAAGAAGAACGUCUCCAGACUGCAGGAUCUGGUGGACAAGCUGCAGCUGAAAGUGAAGGCCUACAAGCGACAGUCUGAAGAGGCUGAAGAGCAGGCCAACACUCACAUGUCCAGGCUGAGGAAGGUGCAGAACGAGCUGGAGGAGGCUAUGGAGCGUGCUGACAUCGCUGAGUCACAGGUUAACAAGCUGAGGGCCAAGAGUCGGGAAAUUGGAAAAUCAAAGGAUGCUGAAGAAUGAGCUGAAACCCCGAAGAGAGAUGAAAUAAGAAUCAUAAAAUAUGAUUUUUCAUUGUAAUGCUCUCAUUGUAAUGCUUGUUCGUUGUUGACCUAUCGAUAAUAAAUUAUACUGCCCCUA